AUGAGAGGUACGCACCUUGGAGCUGCCAAUCUCGCAGGCGCGGGACUAGUGGGGGCUAGGCUAGGGGCGGGGCCUGGUUGUCCGUCACGUGGCGUUGCCCACCCAGGCGGUGGGAACCACGUGAUGGGCGGGGCGAGCCCGCAGGGGCGUGGCUGCCUCCAGGGGCGGGGCCGCGCGCCAAAACGGGACAGUUCCAGGAGCUUCCAGUUGCCGCCUGACAGAGUACCUCAGCCGCGGCGCCGGCCGCCAGGGGGCGCCAGGCAACCUGGUCACCGCAGCCCCAGGGUCCUGUCACGCUCCGGCUUGCCUCCCCUGACCACCCCGUGUCCUGUCACCUGCUGCUCUCCCGGUGCACCGUUUGCCCACCAGGGUGGCCCCACGUGGCAAGACGUCCUAAACCUGCGUGAACAACCUGAGACAACAGAGAUGUUCCUGAGACCGAAGGGCUUCUCUCCGGAAGCCAGAUGA